AUUAUUUAUUAAUUCCAUUAAUUUGUUACUUUUUCGUGUAUUAAAACAUACGAAAUACUUUUAUUUUUUAUUUAACUGCAGUGUAAUUUAAACAGUGAUGUCAUAUCAAUUAUACAGAAAUACCACUAUUGGUAAUACACUUCAAGAAAGCCUAGACGAGCUGAUCCAAUAUGGACAAAUAACACCAGCACUAGCAGUAAAAGUUUUGCUGCAAUUCGACAAAUCUAUAAAUCAAGCUCUGUCCAAUAGAGUAAAGUCUAGGCUAACCUUUAAAGCAGGAAAACUGAACACAUACAGGUUUUGUGAUAAUGUAUGGACUUUUAUGUUGAAUGAUGUUGAAUUUCGAGAAGUACAAGAAUUGGCCAAGGUGGAAAAAGUUAAAAUAGUAGCAUGUGAUGGUAAAAAUGUUGACGACCGCAGAUAACCUAUAUGAAAUUAAUUUGCUAGGCUUAAUUAAACUACGAACUGAAAAGCUCUGAAUUUCAUUGAUAUUGUUGUAAUUUUUUGUCAUUGUAUUUGGGAUCUAAUUACUAAAUAAAUGUAAGUGGUAUUUA